CAGUGACGUCACCGACCCGGAAGGAAGCUGCAGCAGUGUUGUUGUCGCAGCAGCUCAGCUGAUAUUUGUCCGGGAGGAGACACACAACCACACUGUAACGGAGCUCCACAGCUGCUGCUGCUGUUUUCUUGUUGUUUUCUUGUUGUUUUGUUGUUGUUUUUUGUGCGUCGCCAUCAUGAACGUGACGCUCGCGGUGAAACAGUACAUCUCCAAGAUGAUCGAGAGCAGCGGGCCCGGUAUGAAAGUGCUGCUCAUGGACCGAGAGACGACCAGUAUAGUCAGUGUUGUGUACACUCAGUCAGAGAUCCUCCAGAAGGAGGUCUACCUGUUCGAACGGAUCGACUCUCAGAACCGAGACAACAUGAAACACCUGAAGGCCAUCUGCUUCCUGAGACCCACCAAGGAGAACGUGGAACAUCUGAUCCAGGAGCUGAGGAGACCGAAGUACAGCGUCUACUUCAUCUACUUCAGUAAUGUGAUCAGUAAGAGUGAGAUCAAAGCUCUGGCGGAGGCUGAUGAACAGGAAGUGGUGGCUGAGGUCCAGGAGUUUUAUGGAGAUUUCAUCGCUGUGAAUCCUCACCUGUUCUCCCUCAACCUGCAGGGAGUGGCCAGAGGUCGGAGCUGGGAGUCCUCCAUGUUGUCCCGCUGUACUCAGGGUCUGACCUCCGUCCUGCUCGCUCUGAAGAAGUGUCCAAUGAUCCGCUACCAGCUGUCCUCCGAUAUGUCCAAACGCCUCGCCGAGAGCGUCAAGCAAAUCAUCACGAAGGAGUACGAGCUGUUCGACUUCAGGAAGACGGAAGUUCCUCCUCUGCUGUUGAUCCUCGACCGCAGCGACGACGCCAUCACACCUCUGCUCAAUCAGUGGACGUACCAGGCGAUGGUCCACGAGCUGCUGGGUCUCAACAAUAACCGGAUCGACCUCUCCAGAGUGCCGGGGAUCAAUAAGGACCUGAAGGAGGUGGUUCUGUCUGCUGAGAACGACGAGUUCUACGCUAACAACUUGUACCUGAACUUCGGUGAGAUCGGUACCAACAUUAAGAACCUGAUGGAGGAUUUCCAGAAGAAGCGUCCGAAGGGUCAACAGAAGCUGGAGUCCAUCUCUGAUAUGAAGGCGUUUGUAGAUAACUACCCUCAGUUUAAGAAGAUGUCGGGCACCGUCUCCAAACACGUGACUGUGGUGGGCGAGUUGUCCCGGUUGGUGUCGGAGCGUCAGCUGAUGGAGGUCUCAGAGGUGGAGCAGGAACUGGCCUGUCAGAACGACCACUCCAACGCUCAGCAGAGCGUCCGACGGCUGCUGCAGAAUCCUCGUCUGUCAGAGUUGGACGCCGUCCGUCUCGUCAUGCUCUACGCUCUCCGAUACGAGCGCCACAGCAACAGCAUCCUGCCGGCCCUGAUGGACGAGCUGAGCCGGAGGGGCGUCUCCGAGCGACACCGCAGGAUGGUGAAGGCAGUGGUCGAGUAUGGAGGGAAGAGAGUGAGAGGAAGUGACCUCAUCACGCCGACGGACGCUGUCGCCAUCACCAAACAGUUCUUCAAAGGCCUCUCGGGUGUAGAGAACGUGUACACUCAGCAUCAACCUCUCCUUCACGACACUCUGGAUCAGCUGAUUAAAGGUCGACUGAAGGACAGUCAGUUCCCGUACCUCGGACCCAGCAGCCUCAGAGACCGGCCUCAGGACAUCAUCGUGUUCCUGAUCGGUGGAACGAUGUACGAAGAAGCUCUGACUGUUUACAACCUGAACCGCAGCACACCUGGAGUCCGUAUAGUGCUGGGAGGGAGCAGCGUGCACAACACCAAGAGCUUCCUGGAGGAAGUGAUGUCAGCCACGGGUCACAGCGGCGACAGAGCACAAGGAAGUGGUCGCCACGGAAACAGGCGCUGAACACACACACGGGAAUGUCCCUGAAGACAAACCCAACAUUCCCUGGCGGCGGCGGUGGCCAUGUUUGUUUGUUUGUUUGUUUGUUUGUUUGUUUGUUUGUUUGUUUGUGUUUACUGCUGACCUGUUUGUGUCUGCUCGCUUUACUCUGAAAUAUUUAAUAAAUGUUUCCUGUCCUGAAAUCCUC